AUGUCUAAAAAGGUGAAAACUGAAGAUAAAGAUUCUUAUAUCGAUAUUCUUGAUGAAGAAAGUGCUUCAGUUCGUAUUGAUCAUGCUAAUCAUACUUUACAACAAAAUAGUGACUGUCUGCAUAAAACAGAGGAAAUCAUGGAGCACCCUAUAACUCAAUUAAUUCUCAUCCUACUGGUAUUCAUUGACUGUGGAAUUGUUAUUGCAGAGUUGCUCAUAGACAGAGAUGCAAUUCGAGUUGAAGACGUCGAAGAUGUGAAGGAAGCUUUCCAUUAUACCAGCAUAAUGAUAUUAGGAAUUUUCUUAUUCGAAGUAGCAUUAAAAAUAUGUGUGGAAGGAUUAGCGUUCUUUCUUCACUAUAUCGAAGUACUCGAUGCCUUAGUUGUUAUUAUAUCCUUUAUUGUGGAUAUUAUGUCGCUAGUACCUUACUUUUAUAAUCAUGUAUUUAAUCUAAUUUGUUACGCAAGAGCUGCUGAAAAUAAGCUUCGAGGCAUCGGACUGCUUAUAAUUUUACGUCUGUGGCGUAUUGCAAGAAUCGUCAACGGAAUUAUAGCAUCCGUCAAAAAGCAUAUGCGUAAACGAUUAGAAACAAUAACAGAGGAUAGAAAUCGGUGCAGAAGAAAAUUAAAUCGAGCUAUUAAAGUAGCGCGUGCCAAAGUGGAGGAAAUAAAAUUACUAGAAGGUAUACUAGAAAAAGAAGGUAUCGAAUACCGUCAGAUUGUAGCUAAAACAGAACAAGGAGAUGGAGAUCCUGCGGAAGUUAAAUUAGUUAUUGAAGAAGAUAUUAUUGAUGACAAAGAUAAUCUAGAAGAAGAGCACAAAUCUAUCGAUGGAAAAGAAGAAAGCAAAAGCAAUCAGGAAGAGAAAAGUAAAUCUAUCGAUGAAAAAGAAGAAGGCAAAGGUAAUCAGAAUGAGGAAGGUAAAUCUGUAGAUCAUAAAGAAGAAGAUAAAUCAUUAGAAACUGGUCAAACAGAGAAGAGUGAGAAAGAUGCUCAAGAAGGUGAUAAACGAAGUAGUAGAGGAGAUAGUGAUGCUGCAAGUCACCAUUCUGAGAGGAAGGCAGACGAUGCUAAAGAUAAUAAGGAAGAAGUAGAACCCGAAGUACUUGUAUAUACAUAA